AUGGAGGCCGAGUUGGGCACUGUGACAGUGAGCAAGGCUUACAAGGAGCACCUGCGCAAGCUGUGUCUGCAAGAGUUCCCAUGUGGCCUGGGCAGCUGGAACAAAGCCCGCUUUUCCCCUCAACACUUAAAAACCCAGAAAGGUCUGAUCCCCAAAAUGCCAGAAAAAGUGCCCCCUGAAGAGGAGUCUAUGGAAUCCUUGUUAAGACUGGCACAAAGUGCAGAAUCUCCCUGGGCUCUAGACAAAGAUGCAACCAUGGAAGACCAGUAUUUGAGAGAGCUUGCCAUCCAGAACCCCUUCCUCAUUGGAGAUGACUUCUUGUUCUCCUAUUUCAAAUCCCUCCGACUGGUGAACAAGGGGAUCACUCUCGUUGAUGAAGGCCUGAUCAAGUUCUUUCAGCUUGAAGAAUUGAUCCUGAGCGCGAACCGAAUCCAGACGGUGGAUCCCAUGAAUCUGCCCCGAACCCUUAAGGUUCUGGAGCUCUAUGGAAAUGAGAUGACCAGCAUCCAGUGUCUGUGCUCUCACCCGCCUCCUGCCCUCCAGCAUUUGGGCAUGGGCCACAACAAACUUAUUGGCUCCCUGGAAAGCCAUUUUCUCACAGCCACUUUCUGGUCCAAUCUGGUGUCCCUGGACCUGAGCUGCAAUGACCUGACUGGGCUCCGCUACAUAGUGGCCAGCCUGGCCACCCUGCAGAAGCUGAGGCUGCUGCUGCUGCAGGGAAACCCCCUGGCUUUGCUGCCCCAUUACCGAGGCUACACCAUCGACUGCCUGAGUCAUCUCUUUAUGCUCGAUGAGAUCACCGUCUCCCCUGAGGAGAGGCACCUGUUCCAGGGAAUCAGCUGCAAACUAGGUAAGGUGGAAGAAGCAGCCUGCUUGACGGUGACCAUAAAGAAUGUCACAGGGAUUUUGGAUUCCUCCCUCUUGGACCCGGAGCCGCCACCCGAGGGUCCCCUUAAUGUUUAUAGCUACUACGUGACGUAUAAUUUUAUGCCUGACGAAAAAAGCAUUGGGAAGGGGAGUGGCAGUACUCUGUAUGAGCCUUUCCAGCCCAUCUCUGUCCCAGUACUGUCAGUCCUGCUUUCCAAGGAGCGCCUCAGUAAGAAUGAAUUGUCCCCUGGACAUUCGAAAGAUUCCAGAAAUCUGGAAGAUUCUGGAGAGCCUAAAGAACCUGCAGAGCCCCAAGAUCCCCAGCUUAUCCCACCCCCAGGGUCAGUUUUCUUUAACACAGAGCAGAAGCCUUGGGAAAAUGUCAUCGAGUUUGAUUAUAAGAAGAAACAUAUUUUGAAGGAUCUGGUAAAGCUGAAGGCCUUCCUGUCUCAGGGGACCAGAGUCAACAUAGUGGAGGAAAAGGUUGCUUCUUGGCUAAUUCUUCCUUCUCCAGUGGAUAGUCCCCCAGCUGUCAAGAAAGGAAAAGGUGAGAAAGACAAGAAGGAAAAAGAGAAG